AUGCUAAUGCGCUCUUGUAGUGCCUUUAGUGGCAUAUGCCCAGCAACUUUGACCGAGCGCAAUCUCGCGGUCCCCGUCGCCGAAAUCCCAAAUUCGGAUUACUACAUCCGAACCUCCUUCUUUGUCGCUUUCAACCUCAAGUUUGGUUGGAGUUGGCAUUGGCGGAGCGAUAGUACAGUCUUCGGUCUUGCCCCAACGGUGGGCAAGCUUUGGGCAAAACUACACAGUGGAAGAAGAAAAUACCGUCUCUAUUCCCCAACCCCUGAUUCUCGGCAGUUCGAUGCAUCAAAGGGGCCGACGGCCGGGGCGACCAACACGCAUCUCGUCACCAUUGUGAGAUAA